AUGAGGGAGCAUCUAUAUAGACUGAUCUUAUUUAUUCGAUCCCCAACCAGAGACAGGCUUCUUCAGUGCCUGCUGGAGUGUGAUGUGGUGGUGUACAACAUCUCAGAAAGUUCAACACAACAGCAGGUUGAAGAAGCAACAUGGGCACUCACAGCUCUUCAUAAUGAGAUGGAGAACUUCAAAUCUCGGAAAAUAUUCAUCUUAGUCUCUACUGUAAUGACGUGGGCCAUGACCAAACCUCGCAAUCAGGAUGAAACAGAUGUUCUGGUAACAGAGGAAGAGUUCAAAAGAAGAAGGCCUCACCCCAGGUUCAGAAACCACAACAAUCUGGAAAAACUUGUGCUCACAUUGACAAAAGGGAAAAAGUCCAAACUUAGUGGUUAUGUAGUAGCCAGUGGUCUUCAGUAUGGAAAAGGGGAAGACCUCUUUCACUACUUUUUCAAGAUUUCGUGGUUGAUGCAAUUCCCAAAAGUUUCUUUAUUUGGAGAGGGUACAAAUCAUGUUCCGAUGAUUCACGUUUAUGACCUUGGAGGAGUGAUCCAAAACAUCAUUGAACUCAAGCCAAAGUUUAAGUACAUCCUUGCUGUUGAUGAUUCCAAAUACACUUUAGAGGACAUUGUAAAGCCAGAGGAACUAGAGUGCCUCAGCAUCGACCUCAGUCUCGAGGCUUUCAUCAUAAAGGACUCCUUCAACCUGAACUGGAUAUCUGAAGCUGGGAUGGUUGAAAACAUGGAGAACAUUGUGGAGGAUUACAAAGACACCCGACAACUGCUUCCGGUUAGAAUCUUCUUGAUUGGACCUCCAGCUGUGGGGAAAACCAGUGUUGCACAGAAGCUCUGCCAUCAUUACAAAAUACACCACAUCAAGAUAAAAGACAUCAUUGAAGAGAAGAUUACACAGCUGUGUUUUGUUUCAUUAGGUCGACUGGCUGACCAUGUAGUUUUUGACAUUUUGCAAGAAAAACUGAGCUCAAAGCCCUGUAGGAACCAAGGAUUUGUACUUGAUGGCUUCCCUAAGACAUAUGAGCAAGCAAAGCAUAUUUUCUCUGAGCAUGUUUUGGCCCUAAAUGCGUCAGAUUAUUUCUUGACAAAGAGGGUGCAAGGACUUCCAGAAAGUGUGGUAGAGAAAAUGCGCUACACCAAGGAUGAGUUUUUGCCUCGCCUGACAAGAUACAGACAACUCAGUGGUGCUGAGGAAACAUUACUGGACUACUUCGAUCAGUUUGAGAUUCACCCACAACAUAUUGUGGGCCCCUCUUUGUCCGGGAACCCCACUCCUGCCUGGAACCCCCCACUCCUGCCUGGAACCCCCACCCCUGCACUCUGGUUCCCCCAUCCUGGCCAUUAUUCAUCCCCAACAAUAAAUCACUCUUCAUCUCCUCUGGUCUUGGAAGCGUGGCUCUCUGCUUGGGUCCAACCAGCUCAGAUUCGUGACACCAAGAAUUAUGGUUUGAGUCCAGAGGAGCAGAAUGAUGAGGACCAAAAGAAAGAACAAGAGCGGAAACAGAAACUGGCUGCAGAGGCUGCUGAGAGGAAACGCCGGAAGGAAGCUGUGCUGGCUGAGAUGGCUGCUCAGUAUGAGGAGUGGCAAAAGAAUUUGUCAGAGGUGAAGCGUCAGGAGUACAAGAUCCUGGAAACUCGCUGUCUACCUCUCAGGAACUACCUGAUGAAGUAUGUGAUGCCCUAUCUCACCGAGGCCAUGCUGGAGUGUUGCAAAAUCAAACCAGAAGACUCUGUCGACUUUCUGGCUGAACAUCUUUUACAAAGCAGUCAACAAAAAUAA